GGGUCAGGUGGAGGGUGUGGUGGUGUGUAGAGAGAUGGGCUGUGGACCAUUGAAAGAGGAAAAUCAAAGAUCAUUUUUUGGAGACGGCACAUUACUGGGAUUGAUGACUAAAGUUGAAUGUGUCGGCACUGAAUCCAGUUUGAUUGAUUGUCCAUCAGACAAAGAGCAAAGGUCAUGUGAUAAUAAAAAUGCUGGAGUCAUUUGUGCGGCCAAUGUUAGACUGAUAGACGGCUUCGACUCUUGUUCUGGACGAGUGGAGGUGUUUAAAGAUGGUCAGUGGGGAACGGUGUGUGAUGAUGGCUGGGAUCUGUCGGAUGCUUCAGUAGUGUGUAGAGAAGUGGGCUGUGGUGAUGCUAUAGAAGUGAAGAGAGGCGGUUAUUUCGGACAAGGAUCAGGAGGACCAAUAAAGAUACACAGAGUUAACUGCGCUGGAAGUGAGUUAAUGUUGAGCAGUUGUGUAUCUGAUGAUGGCGCUGUGGAUCCGAAAGUUUGUGAUAUUUCCAAGACCGCUGGAGUCAUCUGUCAGUCCCUCGUAAGGUUGGUGAAUGGUGAUAACUCUUGUUCUGGGAGAGUGGAGGUUUACCAUGAUAGACGAUGGGGAACAGUGUGUGAUAGUGAAUUGGACAGCUGGGGCAGCAUUGAUGGACAAGUUGUUUGUAGAGAAGUGGGCUGUGGAGAUAUAAUAAGGGCAGAGGGACAUGCCUAUUUUGGCAAGGGCUCAGGACCGAUAUGGUUAAGUUACGUGAGGUGUUCAGGUUUAGAAACUACUGUAAGAUACUGUGGAUCAAGGUCAUUGGGAGACAACAUAUGUCAACAUGACAGUGAUGCUGGAGUUCUCUGUAAACACCCCGUCAGACUGACAGGAGGAAGCACUUGUUCUGGUGUGGUGGAGGUUUAUCGUGGUGGUCUGUGGGGACCGGUGUGUUAUGAUGGUUGGGAUCUAACAGAUGCUGCAGUGGUGUGUAGAGAACUGGGCUGUGAAGAUGUUAUAGAGGUAAACAGUUCAUUAAUACAGGGACCAGCAGUGAUGAAUAAUGUCGACUGUGACGGGAGUGAAUCUACACUGAUGCGCUGUGGCUGGUCUGCACAAAACUGUUCUUCUAACCGACAUGCUACAGUCACAUGCAGAUCAAUAAAGGUAGUGAACGGGUCCAACCAGUGUUCUGGAACAGUGCUGAUUUUUCAUAAUGGAAGAUGGGGGUCGGUGUGUGAUAAUGGUUGGGAUGUAUCAGACGCACAGGUGGUCUGCAGAGAGCUGGGAUGUGCACGUGGGGAGGCAAAGGUGCAGGCUUACUUUGGGCUGCUUGAACAAAAGUCGUGGAUGGCAGGUGUCGGUUGUACAGGAAACGAGCGCUCACUCAUAGAAUGUUCCUCUAAACUUGGAAGCGACCUUUGUGGUCCUGAAAAUUAUGCAGGGGUUAUAUGUGAAGAAAUGACUUUUAAAUACAGGUUGAGGAUUGAGGUGAAGGGUGACCCCUCUGACCCUGCCGUCAGAGACAUCAUUCUGAGAAAGAUACAGGAGAAGGUACACAGCCAUGGGAAUUUCACACUCAGCUGGAAAACUCAUUCUAAUGGGACCAUCUUUCAGCCCAAAAACACUUUUGAUCCAUAAGUUGAUGAAUAUUUCGUUACACUUGUACACUCGGUAACAAACUGGAACUUUAUAGGGGAGUUAUACCGUAGUCUGUUUAAAUACUCGAUUCUGAUUGGCUGGAGGGUGUGCAUUAAAACCAUUUAAUACACAGGCAGUUCCAGUCAGUUGAUCAACAUUUGAAAUGAACUGACUAAAAUGACUGACAAAAUGUUCACCUGUCUGAGCAAAAAUUACACAGUAACAGCAUUAACUUUGCUAAUGACCAUGGUAUAAGGAGGAUAAUCCACGGAUAGCCAUGCAUUGGGAUUGUGUCGCAGAUAUGUGGGGAAACAUAUGCUAUGUACUCCCAUGCUUAAA